UAUAGUGGGGGAGUCUAGGACCAGAGGACACAGAUAGAGUGGAUGUGGAGAGGAUGUUUCCUAUAUCGGGAAAGUCUAGGACCAGAGGACACAGAUAGAGUGGAUGUGGAGAGGAUGUUUCCUGUAGUGGGGGAGUCUAGGACCAGAGGACACAGAUAGAGUGGAUGUGGAGAGGAUGUUUCCUAUAGUGGGGGAGUCUAGGACCAGAGGACACAGCUUCUGAAUAGAGGGACAUCCAUUUAAUCACUGAAGGUCAUCACUGGGUUUAUUUAAAGUGGAGUUUGAUAAGUUCUUGAUUUGCUGGGGCAUCAAAGGUUAUGGGGAGAAGACAGGAGAAUGGGGUUGAGAGGGGUAGUAAAUCAGCCAUGAUGUAUUGUGGGGUAGUAUUGAUGGGCUGAGUGGCCUAACUCUUCUCCUGUGGUCUAUUUUCCGUGAGAUUGAAGGAGGGCGCUCUGGUGGUGUUUGGACAUGUGCAGUAUCAACAAUAUCAGGAAGCUGUUUAUUGACCAGGCUGAUCCAGGACAUUCGAUGUUUGUCCUUCGUCAGUGCUGACGCUGUGCCCUGGCAGUGACAUCAACCCUCGUACGUUCACAGGCAUGUCACCAGUCAGAGUGCAAUGUGUUUGCCUCCCUCAGUCAGCGGACUCUGAACAGCUCAAAUACACACAGGCCAGUGCAACCGGGCAAUUAAGAGUGCAGACCAAGCCCUGAGAGUUUGUGAUGGAAGCUUCACUCUGUAUCUGACCCUAGGAAGGUGUGCUUGAGCGAUGUGGAGGGAGCUUCACUCUGUGUCUGACCAUGGGAGUGUGUGAUGAGACGGUGUAGAGGGAACUUAACUUUGUGUUUAACCCUGAGCGGCGUGGACCUGUGUUGAAGGGGCUGGAGGCCUGAGGUGCCCCCCCACCCCACCGUCGGCCUUCAGUGAUCAGCAAUGGUGGAUCACCUGUUCCCGGCCGGAGAGAUCUUCCUACCAGUGAGUCGCAUGGCGAUGGAGAGAGGUGGCUACCAGCUGCUGCCCUCCCCCCUGUCUGAGGAUGAGAGUGACUCCUCCAGCUCUCACUCCUGCUCCAGCCCUGAGCCCAUGCCCUCGGGAUCCUGCUAUGGGAGAGAAGACAGCAUUAUCGAUUACCUCCUCUCCCAGGCCUCCCUUGGGGCUCCUGCCGGAAGGAGAGAGGACCAGGCAUCUGACAAGGAGGGCUGCCCUGGAGGGCCGACAAACUUGUUCCGGCCCACCCUGGAGGAGAUUGAGGAAUUCUUGGAGGAGAACAUGGACCAAGGCUUCAAGGAUGAGGGCAGAGGCAGGGUGAGGGAGCCCCUGGAUGCGAAUGAGGGAGCCAGGAGACUGGAGGAUGAGAUGAAGACUGUGACAGAGGAGCCAAAGCUUGGGGAGGCAGGUGACACAAAGGAGGCUUUGGCAGCAGCCAAGGGGCUCCCGAUCAUUGUCCAUCUGCAGCCAGUGGGGCUGAAACAGGAGGCAGCGGACCGGUCCUGGGGACAGGUGAAGAUGGCUCAGCUCCUGGUCAAUAUUCAGGGCCAGACCUUCACACUGGUGCCACAGCUCACUCCCCCCACUGCCCUGGGCGGUCCCCGGCAGUUUGUCCGCAUCGCGCCCGUGCCCAUCGCAGCCAAGCCGCAGGCUGGGGGUGCUGAGGGCACCCAGAAUGAGGCAGGUAUCCUCCUGGGCUCGAGGGUGCCACGGUGCAGCUCUGCCGAUCUUCUCAAGAUGCACAAGUGCUCGUUCCCGGGCUGCUCCAAGAUGUACACCAAGAGCAGCCAUCUGAAGGCCCACCUGAGGCGGCACACCGGCGAGAAGCCCUUUGCCUGUACUUGGCCCGAGUGUGGAUGGAGGUUCUCAAGGUCCGACGAACUCUCCCGCCACAGACGCUCUCACUCGGGGAUCAAGCCUUAUCAGUGUCCAGUCUGUGAGAAGAAGUUUGCGCGCAGUGACCACCUCUCCAAGCACAUCAAGGUUCACCGCUUCCCCAGAACAGGCCGCACAACCCGGCCGAUGAACUGACCACUGCUGUGCUUGGACCAGACAGGGGCAACAGCUGGCCCCAAGGGCAGUGGGCAACCCAAGGAUCUCUCGUGCAAAACCAGUGGCAGGGCUUGAUCCAAGCUGUGAAUGUUGAUGAUGUACUGUUGGCCUCCUCUGAAGCUGGUCCAGCUUGUGCGGGAUUCAACUCUCUGAUUAGAGCAAUAACAUGACAGUGAACACCAGCCCCCAGCUGUGGAAGUGAUUUCUGAGCCCUGGACUGGCCUCCUCAGCCGAGCCACACACGGACGGGGCACGUCUUUCUGCAAAGCUCUCUCGUCUGCACAGAAUGCCUCAACCUGAACUGAGGCCUUGUUCUACAACCAGCCUGAGGACCUGAGGAUCCGUUGUUGGUUUCUCUGCGUGCAAAUUGGUUUGCGAUGAAAAUGUAGGUGGAUGGGUUAGUAAGUUUGCGGCUGAUACCAAGAUUGGUGGAGUUGCGGAUAGUGUAGAAGACUGGCAAAGAGUACAGUGUGAUAUAGAUCAGUUGCAGAUGUGGGCUGAAAAAUGGCUGUUGGAGUUUCACCCAGAUAAAUGUGAGGUGCUUCACCUUGAGAGAGGACAGUGUAAAGGGGUAGUGCACUGUUGAGGGUAAGAUCCUUAACAGUGUUGAUGAGUAGAGGGAUCGUGGGGUCGAAGUUCACAGGUUGAUAGGGCGGCCCAGAAGGACAAUCAGCCCACCACAACGUGGACUGUGCUGUACUGAUCGAUGUUCUAAGUUGGUUUACUAUUGUCACAUGUACCAAGGUCUUGUCCUGAACCCAUUUGUUAGACAAUGCAUUGAGGCAGACAAGGGUAAACACAACAGAAUGCAGAAUGAAGUGUUGCAGUCACAGAGAGAGCAGUGCAAGGAUCAUAAUCUGGGUUAAAGACUUUCCAACACUUUUUUCAGAAACACACAGCGAUGAAAUCUACUGAUUGGGAUACUUUGCUGCAUUCCUAAGGGUUAAAUUGCGGAGUGUGAUAUGUUGCCCAGGAUAGUCAGCAUCAUCGCGGACUGUAUGACAAAACAGUGCUGACUGGGGAAACGGUUUGGUUGGUGCUAUGGUCAUGGGGGAAUGAUUUCAAGCUCCUCACAAAGCAGGGUUUCCUCUGCCUGUGUGGUGUAAUGUGGAAAGUGUGAAAUCCUGCAUUACAACACGAGAAAUGGAGGGUGUAUUUAAAUAGUGAGGGGCUGGCUGACUCACAAUAGACUCUGUAUAGGUCCAGCAAAUGUUCCUGUUAGCUGAAAAGGAAGUUGAAAACAAUAAGAGGCAGAUUAUUUUUCAGUUACAUCAGGAAUCAAGAGCUGAACCUCUGGGCUCUACUGAUGUCCCAGUGUGAAAAAGAACGGUAAUAUGUUGUGAGCAGUCAGAGGUUGAACUGGCCGACAAUGGUUGGAUUAUCUUGUGAGAAGCAAGCCCUGCUGUAGUUUGGUGGAUUGGUCUGUAUUUGCAUUGGGAGGGGACCUAAUUGAGCCAUGCACAUUUCUGAGUGGUUUUAAUGGGAGUGGUGAAGGUGGAGAGGACGUUUCCUCUUGUGGCAAACUCUCGAAUUGGGACCACCGUUUGAAAAUAAGUGGCGACCCAUUUAAGGCAGGAAUGACAGGAGAGUUUUCCUGUCAGAGUGGGGCAGGUCUGUUCCGUAAACCGUGGCGAAUCAGAGGCUUUGAAGUAGAUGGAUUCUCGAUAGGUUAAUGCAGUUGGAUUCAUGUUACAGAGCUGAGGUUGUUAUCAGAUCUCUCCUGAUCAUAUUGAAUACGUGAGAAGACACAAAGGGGCUGAGUAGUCUUUACUGCCCUUGUGUGUAUUGUCUCCAGGCUGGUGGAAGUGCUGAGUGUCUGCCGUGUCCUGUUCUAACGUGGUGAGGGAUUGGCCAUGAGAUUACCUUGUAUUUUCCAGUGAAUCCUGGGAAUCGUACCCCUCUCACUGCUAUUCCCUGUUAAAGCUUUGGAGGACUUCCGAUGUCAUCCCUCUCUCACCACAGAACGGUGAAAACUAACAGCUCUUGGAUAAGCCGAGCGAGGCUACACCUGGAGUGGCUCCACUAAGGGAAAGGUGUGGAGGUUUGGGAGAACAGGUUCACCAUGGUGCUCUCUGGAUUAACAGGCAGGACGUCACGAGAGGCUGGACAAACUUGAGCUGCUCUCUCUGGAGCAUCGGAGGCUGAGGGCAGAUCUGAGAGAGGUUUCUAUGGUUAUGGGAGGCAUCGACAGACAGUAGCUUCUUCACAGGGUUGAAAUGUCUAACACCAGAGGGCAGCCAUUUAAGGUGGGGGGGGGGGUCAUUUUAAAGGAGAUAUGGGGGGCAAGUGAGAGUGGUGGGUGCCUGGAAAGCCCUGCCUGGAGUGGUGGUAGAGGCAGAUACAUUAGGGACUUCUAAGAGACGUUUGGAAAUGCACGUGGAUGAGAGGGAAAAAGAAGGGUAUGGAUAUUGUCAAGGCAGAGGAGAUUCAC